UGGAAGUAUGAGUUUGACAGCGGAAUUUCCCUCCCUGUGUUCGUCUGUCCGUCCCUACUCUAGGGUUUUAGAGCUGAAACAAAAAUUUCUCUGGUGAUUUUAACCUCUAAAGUUGUAGGGAUUUCUCCCAAAUCUAGUGCAGAUUUCGAAAUGUCUGAAGAGCGUGAAGAAGAGAAUAACCACUAAAAAUAAGGGUAACAGAAAUGGCAUUCCAGUUCUUCUCUCCCCAAAUUCAGCAACAGCAAACCACACAGCUCUUCCAGCCCCAGCCCCAGCCCCAACAGCAACAGCAGCUCCAACAGACCAAUUCAUUCCUUCAACAGCAGCAACAACAGCAGCAACAACUUUUUCAACAGCAGCAACAACAACAACAGCAGCAGCAACAGUUUUAUCUCUUUACCAACGAUAAAACUCCGGCCAGUUACAACACGAAGUGGGCCGAUCUUCAUCCCGAUUCCCAAAAAGUACUUCUCCAGAUCGAGGAGCGGAUACUAGGGUAUAGGGAUGAAAGCGAGAGGCUAGAUCAAUGUAGUCGUCUUUAUGAUUCUUCGGUAUCAAGUGAUGGGUUUGAGCUUGAAGCUAGUCAUAUUGUACAGGAGCUUGGUGGAAUUAGUAUUGCCAUGGAAAGAGAGAAGGCUUUGCUGCAAGAGCUAAUGACUGUUGUGAAGACCAUGAUGAGAAACACAGAAGUUGCAGUUCGUUCAUUCAUGAUGCUCCGUCCAAGGUUCCUUCAUCCAAAUGUGGGAGCUACUUCAAAUGCUACUGCCCCAUCACAGGCUCCAGGAGCAACUAUGGCUCCAAAUGCAACUAGUCAGCCAAUGUCUACCUCUGUAGUACCAGUAUUUGAUUUCUACAGUGGGAUUCCAAAGAGACCAUCUCAGUUUAUGCAGCAUACAGUGGCCAGAUUUGAGAAGUAUCUUGGUGAGUGCUGCCAAUGGAUUGAAGAGUUAGAGCAGCUACUCUCAGACUCUGAUGGGAACCCUAAUGGAAUGGACUCAUCAUUAGUGCAGUCUCUACCAAAAGUCAUGUCCAAUGUGCAUGAUUUUUUUGUUCAUGUGGCUGCCAAGGUGGAGAGCCUUCAUCAGUUCAUUGAGUCAAUGAAAACAGCUUAUCUUGCUGACCAGCGGCGCCGAGGGGAUGGAAAUGAUCCAUUUCUUGAGGCUGAUAGGCGGGAAACUGCCAAACAAGAAGCUGCUGCCAAGAGGGUUCAUCCAACAUUACACUUGCCUUCAAUUUCACAACCGUCUACUCAAGUUGCUGGUUUAUUUGCAAGUUCAGCAACAGGUGGGCCAUCAAGCGCCCCACAACCUUCUGCAGGAACCUCAGCUUCAUCUGGGAGUGGAUUCUCACUUUUUAGUACGCCAUAUUCUGCACCAUCUUCUGCUUCGUCAUCUUUGCUGUUCUCCACUCCAUUAGUGUCUGCUCCAGUAUCCUCCCUGUUUGGAUCGUCGGCUGCUUCACCGCAAUUUGCAUCUGCAUCAUCUUUAUUUGGGUCCACCCCAGCUCCUUUGUUUGGUACUGGUGCACCAUCCUUUGCUUCAACCAAUCCAGCUGGAAGUUCACUCUUUUCAACACCAUCUUUUGCUUCAGGUCCUGCAACAGCGUCAGGGGCAAGUUUUGGAACUGCAUCUAAAUCUGCUAAACCAAAAUCUCGCACUGCUCGCCGCUAGUUACAUUCAUUGAACCUUGAAAAUUGGAUGCAACUGAAGAAACUGAUUUAUUUGAUAAUUUGAUGCUCCCCAAGAGAUCUAUUGAAUUGCACUUCUACUUAAAGGACAGAUGAUUUCCAAAAUCCUUACAUGACUCUUCGUCAAUUUGGGUUUCAUUUCUGUUUGUGCUGCGGCAUGUGCACAGUGAAGUAACAGAGUAGUUCCUCCAGUUUGAUAACUGAUUUUGCAACUAUAGGUGCCGGCAAGACUAUGUUGAUGCACAACUGUAGAGUAUGAGUUUGAGUAGAUUACCUGGGGUAUUAGAACUUGUAAUGAAUUUUGCAUUAUGCCUCAACAUCAAACAUGUAAAAUAAGGUUUCUCUUUUCCAUCAAAGCUAAUUUGUUUUUGACAAGUUUCUUCCCCAAAGUUUGUUGUACCAGGUGUUGCAAAACAAUUCAUUGCUGAGUUUUCUGUUCUACUGACUGAUACUUGAACAGCAUGCCUGACAAGAAGUGAUCUUGUAUGAGCCUUGUUUUGUACAUGCAUAAAACCUUGCAGUUGAUCACU